AUUGGCUGAUGAACUUGUCCAUGGUUAAACAAUCUUCUAAGCAUGAAGGUUGAAGGUGGUGACUAUGGGUUUCUCCCUAAGGUCUCUCUCCAGUUAGGAGUUCCUCCCUCUUCCUCUUCUUUUCUGACAAGGGUUUCCCCUCUUGCUCUCUUCCUUCAUCCUCGUCAUCUGUCUUGCUUUGGAAACUUCAACCCAAGGGACCACAAGGCAGCGGCUCCUUUCAAUCGGCGUCGACUGUUGAUUUUUGAUGACUGUGUCUGGAUACCGAGGGACUUGAUCCAGUCGAUGGGGUGGCAAUCGGAGAAACUAGCGCACUCCAAUUUUCGAUCUGGCAGCCAAAUACCGAAAGAUAUGGCUGCUGGUGACUCUUUGGGUUCUGAUCUGCAUGAGAAGCAUGCUACUCACAUUGGCAAAGGGGCUUUAGUUCCCUUAACAAGCUUCACCAGCAGGGGUUUUCAAAGGAUCGAUAAUGAUGGGCACAUGAUUGGAAGUAGUCGACGGAAAUUGGGGAGGCUUGUGUUUGUUUGGAGACUUGGCAAAGAGGAACAGGAGGCCAUUGGUGAAGUUGAUUAUGUUUUGAAAGGGGCUCUAGUUUCCUUCCACAGUUGGGGCAGUAAGGGAUUGAGGAGGAUUGGUAAAGCGGAGACACAGGCUUGUGCUGAAGGGGUUCUUACCCCUUCCUGAUGGGUAAUUUUGUGAUAGGAUGGCAACAUGUAGGUUGGGGACUGUUGUUGUCGAAACCCUACUCUCCCCAUGAAACUGGUUAAAUAAGUGAGAAAGUCCAGU